AUGUAUUCCAACAUUUUAGCCAUAGACAUCAACUUCUGUGCAUCAAUAAACUUCCUCCCAAAGGAAAUGCAAUUUGUUCAGGAUGUUAUAUUGCCUGGUAAAUUCCACUACAAAUGCGAAAGAUGCUUAUUUUUCCUUCAUCAAGGAUGCUUCAACAUGCCUAAGAAUUUGCAGCAUCUAGUGGGUCCAAUCCACCAUCUUACUCUACUAGCCACACCUUCUUCAUCGAUUGAUCAUUACUCGGGCACCAAAUGCAAAUGCAACGCGUGUGGAAAAGAUAUCACCGGCUUUUGUUACGCUUGUGCAAAAUGUUCCACUUAUUAUCACACACUAUGCUCAUUAGCAUUACCUCUUUCAAUGGAACUGCCAUCCCAUUGCCAAAAACUGGACUUAGAAUUCUGUCCACCCUAUGAUUUUAAAUGCGACUUAUGCAAAAAGCCUAGUUAUAAAGGGUGGCUUUACCAUUGCAGCUCUUGCGAAUUUGAUGCUCAUAUUUCAUGUGCUAUUACACAUCAAGGAGCUGAUAUUGAAAAUCAAUGA